AUGUGGCAUGUAUCGAAGGGUGGUGAUGAAAUUAACUCAGUAUUGAGAUUGAGUUACCAUAAUCUCCCUUCCAAUCUAAAGCGUUGUUUUGCCUAUUGUUCAAUAUUUCCCAAGGGUUAUGAAUUUGAAAAGGAUGAAUUGAUCAAGCUUUGGAUGGCAGAAGGUUUGCUGAAAUGUUGCGGAAGAGACAAAAGUGAAGAAGAGUUGGGUAAUGAAUUCUUGGAUGAUCUAGAGUCCAUUUCAUUUUUUCAAGAACCACUAUAUUCAUGGGGGGAUAAAAGUUUUGUCAUGCAUGAUCUUGUCAAUGAUUUGGCAAAAUCAGAGUCCAAUGAGUUUUGCUUACAAAUUGAGGGUGAUAGUCUGCAAGAUAUAUCUGAAAGAACACGACAUGUUUGCUGCUAUCUCGAUUUGGAAGAUGAUGUAGGAAUAUUGAAUCACAUUUCUAAGAUCAAGGGAUUACGCAGCUUGUUGGUAUUACCACGAGACUACGGUGAAGAAUGCUUCAUGAUAAGCAACAAUUUGCAACGUGAUUUAUUUUCGAAACUAAAAUAUUUGCGGAUGUUGUCGUUCUAUGGUUGUGAACUCAGAGAGCUAUCAGGUGAGAUAGGAAAUCUAAAGCUUUUGCGAUAUCUAAACCUGACUAAAUCAUUAAUUGAAAGGUUGCCUGACUCAAUUUGUAAGCUGUACAAAUUAGAGACUCUGAUACUGGAACGCUGUUCUGAAUUGACUAUACUCCCUUCAAAAUUUUACAAACUUGUGAGUUUACGCCAUCUUAAUCUCAAAGGAUGUAAUAUAAAGAAAAUGCCAAAGCAGAUGGGGAGUCUAAACCAUCUUCAAACACUGAGUCAUUUUGUUGUGGGAGAGGAGAAUGGGUCUAAUAUUCAGGAGUUGGGUAAUCUCAAUCGUCUUCAAGGGGAACUUUGUAUUUCAGGGAUGGAACAUGUCAUCGAUCCCGUGGAUGCUGCAGGAGCAAAUUUGAAAGAUAAGAAACAUGUAGAAGAAUUAAAUAUGGAGUGGAGUUACAAAUUCAAUACCAAUGGAAGAGAAUCAGAUGUCUUUGAGGCUCUUCAACCAAAUAGCAGCUUGAAGAGGCUUAUCAUCUCACACUACAAAGGUAAUAGGUUUGCAAAUUGGAUGAGGGGUUGUGAUUUACCCAACUUAGUUUCAAUUAGACUAACUCACUGUGCUUUAUGUUCCGAGUUGCCACCACUUGGACAACUCCCUUCUCUCAAAGAGAUUUCAAUUUCAGGCUGUGAUAAAAUAAGGAUCAUAGGGAAAGAAUUUUAUGGCAAUAAUUCCACAAAUGUUCCAUUCAGAUCCCUUGAAAUUCUGCAUUUUGAUUCGAUGUCGGAAUGGGAGGAAUGGUCACGUCUUGAAGGGUUUCCUUUGCUUAAAGAACUUUCUAUAAGAAAAUGUCCCAAGUUGAAAAGGGCUCUGCCUCAACACCUCCCUUCUUUGCAAAAAUUGGAGAUUAAUGAUUGCAAGAUGUUGGAAGCAUCAAUUCCCAAGUGUGAUAAUAUGAUAGAGUUAGAUAUACAGAAAUGUGAUAGAAUUUUGGUAAAUGAAUUGCCGACAAGUUUGAAAAGGUUAUUCCUUUGUGAUAAUCAGUACACCGAGUUCUCCGUGGACCAAAAUCUAAUCAAUGUUCUCUUUCUUGAAGAGUUGAAGUUGGAUUUCAGAGGCUGUGUAAACUGUGCCUCUUUGGAUUUACGUUGCUUUAAUUCUCUAAGCUAUCUUUCAAUAAAAGGAUGGGGCUCCUCCUCAUUACCUUUUUCACUACACUUGUUCACCAAACUUCAUUAUCUGUAUCUGCACGGUUGUCCAAAGCUGGAAUCCCUUCCAAUGGGUGGUUUGCCUUUCAACUUGAGGGGCCUGUCAAUAUACAAUUGCCCAAAACUGAUUGGUUCGAGAGAGGAGUGGGGUUUGUUCAACUCAAUUCCUUGA